GCACUCGUUGAAGUGAUGAGUUGGAAAUACAACACUAACAACUGGUAACUUAAUCGCUUCAUUUUGUUUAAGCGUCACAAGCAGCAUGUUUACGUAAUGUGUGAAAGUGUAAAGCUGCUACAAACGAACAGGCGAACUAAAGCAACCGCAAAGCCAACUGACGCCGCCGGCGCACAGCGCUGAUUGUGCGAUAGCAAAAUUUCAGGCAAACAUAGAGAAAGUAAAUAACAAAGCUAAGCAGAAAUAAAAAUAAAAAAAUGAAACAUAGUUACCGACGCCAAAGACAGAGCUAGUGAAACACAACAACAAGGCCGAUAUAAAUUGGUCAGCAUAGUAAUCAGUGGACCUGUGCUGAAGCUGUGUGUGGGAAGAAAGCCGGAAGCACAGCACUUGAAGUCAACUAUAAAGAAAAAGCGUAUAUACUACAACAAUAAUAAGCUAGCAAGAAAAAAAAUUAUAAUAAAGCCAAAAGCACAAAUACAGCGCCUUCAAGAACAAGGCUUCAACACAAUCAAUUGUUGUAGCGAAAUAGCGGUGUGUCUAUAUUGCCGUUGCUGCGGCUCGGCUGUUGUUGACAGUGACAGUGAAUAAGAAAGACGCACAAAUAAAGUGGCAUACAUAAAAUAGAAGGCAUAAUAAAGUGAGGAUAAAGCAUCUAAUAACUACAACAAACAACAACAACACAGGAAAUAUAUGGAAAUACGACAAGCGCUGGCUUCGUGCUGACAGCAAAAGAAAUUAACACAAAAGCCUGAGCGAAUCCAGUGAAGCAGCCGCAGUGGGGCGUACACAACAGCGGUGGUUCAGCGGGGAGGGGUGUUUAGUAGGCACAGUAGAGACACAAAGCAGUCUCAACAUAAUGCACAGAGCGCUAAGGCGAGUAUAUUAUACUUCCCGGCAUUUGGUUAUGACGCACGUUUGUCAAAUAAAUCAAUUUACAUGCUAAAAGUGUCGCUGGACAAAGUGCAAAACAGCAAAAAUAAAGCGCUGGCAAGCCGGAAAAAGAGCGACAUAAAACUGUCGACGUUGUCGAAGCGCGUCCGCUUGUAGGUCACUCGCAAAUGCCUACAAGCAGGAAUAGCAGAUUUUGAUUAUCAACCUAAUUUGGACACCAGGCAGACUGACAACGUGUCUGACGUAAAUGUGAUUAGACUUGAGCGCACUGAAUGGUCGUCCGCAAAGUGGCAGCAUAAAAGAAGGCAACAAAGGCUAUUGAGUUGGGAAAUAAUGGCGAUUACGAUUAGUAAUUUGACAGUUUAAAUGAGCUGAAGGCACGCCGACAGCAAAAAAGUAGUGGCAUUUGAAGGAAUAAAUGAGAAAAAAUUAAAUAAAAACUUCGAAACUGUCACAGAGCGCAGUCAAGUGGAGUGGGCAAGCAUUGUUCAUGCUAACCAUUACACAUCGAGCCGAUAUUUAUGUGCUGUUGCACCAAGUGUUACGAAUAAGCAGUCCAUGCAAUAAUGGAUAACUUUAGACUAUGAAAAAGAGAAGCAAAAAUACUACAACAUAAAUAAUAUAACACCACCAUAAAAUUCACCACAUCUGUUGAAAAAAAAUUUAACGCAUUGUUGUGAAAAACUCAAACGACACAUUUCUAUAGCAUACAUUUAGGAGCAAAUGUAAUAAACCAGUAUGCUUACUAAUACACGCACUUGCUGACACUACACACACAUUAACGACUGCAUACUGCAAGGCGCACCUACAUGCUCGUACACAGCUAGCGACUAAAGCAUAGUGCACGAUAUAUUAGCAACAACAAUACAAUGCGCCAACAUACAACUGCCCGCCUCUUACUGCCCAUCACGCUUCUCGUGUUGGCCAAUUCUCGCCUUACUCUCACCUGUCCCGCCGAAGUGUGCGUCUGCAAGUGGAAAGGUGGCAAGCAGACGGUUGAGUGCGGCGGCCAACAGUUGCCGAACAUACCCGAGGGCAUGGAUCCAGGCACGCAAGUUUUGAACUUCUCGGGCAAUAGUCUGCAAGUGUUGCAAAGUGAACGCUUUCUACGCAUGGAUUUGCUGAAUCUACAGAAAAUCUUUCUAUCACGCAAUCAGCUGAUACGCAUACACGAGAAAGCCUUUCGCGGUUUAACCAAUCUUGUGGAGUUGGACCUGUCGGACAACUCCCUACAAAAUGUACCCACCGAGACGUUUCAGGACUACAGUUCGCUGAUGCGUCUCUCGCUUAGCGGCAAUCCCAUACGCGAGCUAAAGACGUCGGCUUUCCGACAUCUCUCGUUUCUGACAACACUUGAGCUGAGCAACUGCCAGAUCGAACGUAUCGAGAAUGAGGCCUUCAUUGGCAUGGACAAUCUGGAGUGGUUGCGUUUAGAUGGCAAUCGUAUCGGUUUCAUACAGGGUCAGCACAUACUGCCCAAAUCGCUGCACGGCAUCAGCUUGCAGAGCAAUCGUUGGAUGUGCGACUGCCGUUUGUUGGAUCUGCAUAUGUGGCUCAACAACUACGUGACGCCGCAGGUCGAGGAACCCAAGUGCGUGGAGCCGCCGCGACUGAAAGGGCAAGUCAUCAAAACGCUUAAGAAGAACGAGCUGGCCUGCCUGCCAGAGGUCACACCCUCAUCUACAUACACCGAAAUCUCGGAAGGCCGUAAUAUGUCGAUAAUGUGCGUGGUGCGGGCCAUACCGGAGCCGCAAGUAUUGUGGCUCUUUAACGGUCAAGUGAUGACUAAUGACAGCCUGAUUGAUAAUCUACAUAUGUACUACUAUAUUGAUGAGACCGGCAGCGCAGAGGAGAAGCGCAGUGAGAUUUUCAUAUAUAAUGUAGGACCAGAGGAUAACGGCACCUUCUCGUGUGUGGGGAAGAACGUGGCUGGCAUAACUUUCAGCAACUACACGCUGCGUGUUAUCAUCAAAGAACCACCAGUGGUGAAUGAGGUGUCCUUUCCACGCGACUACAUGAACUAUAUUAUUGCCAGUAGCACUGGCGCUGGCGUCAUAUUUGUUGUGCUGCUCUGCACGAUAGUGAUUAAGUGCAAACAGCGACAACCGAACAAGCGCAAGAAGUGUGCUAAUGGCGGCUCGGUUACCAAUGUGGUUGGCGGUGGCGCACAUGCUACAGACAGCAGCGGCAACGAGACGGGUUUAAUGAAAUGCUCGUCCAUACUGAACGAUGGCGAUUCGCUGAACGGCGGUGCGGGGCUUUUAAUGGCUGAGGGCAUGACGCCGACAAAAUUGUGUAAAGAGAAUGGCGGCGUCAUUAUGGGCGGCCAAAUGCAACAAAAUUUACUAUUGUACGCCCCCGCGCACUACCAACAGCAAACGCCCAACUCCGCAGUGAUUGGCGAUGGCAGCCAGACGCUGCAAUUGAGCGUUAGUAUGGCUAGUGCGAGCGGUACGCCGCCACCAAUGCUAGUUGGCAAUGCUGUCAGCUACUGUUCGCCGCCUUCAUCGGUGCGAAAUUAUGCGGAGAAAAAUCCAGAUUUAGUUAAUGAUGCUGAGAGCGUUAAUCAUGGCAAGCUGAAAGCUGCGGCGUCCUUAGACGCAGAUUACGAUGCGGCAAGUGACUGUUCGGGGCCAUGCAGUAUACAGGGUAUGUCGACGACGCCGGUACAAUUCGACAACUGCUACCAGCUGGCACCACAGUAUGGUUCACAGAUUAUACGGCCGGCAAACAUGCAGCUGAAUUCUGCUGCAGCAACGCGCUUUGGCGCCAUGACAACAUUACCGCGUGGCAUGCAAUUGAAAACCGUAAUGAACAGCUUGAGCGCCGCUCCGGUGCCACAACACCAAGUGGACGUGCACUUGAAUCCAGUGUGCUUCUUGGGUCAGGAUGGAUUUGCUUAUGACUACAGUAACGCGCAUUUGCAACAGUCAGCGCCUGCACCACCUUCCCAUCAUCACCUGCAGCUGCAGCCACAACAUUCAUUGAGCGCCGAACCCUCACACGCACAACACAUGCAACAGCAAAACUUUUACCGCACUCUGCCACACAAUCGCGCGCACAAGCAGCAGCAAUUUGCCGCGUCCGCUGCGAAUCCGGGCAUGCGUUACAGCCUAGAGGCGGAGUUCUUGCAGCGGUCCGGCACACCAACCUACGAAAAGUAUAUGCCCAAUGUGCGCUUCACUGCCGAGGGCUACCCACAAACACAACAACAGCAUAUAGUGCAGUACCCUUCACCGCCAGAUGGCUACAAGAGCAGCCAAAGCCCUGCGCCCAGCCUGCAUGAUGGUGGUGCGGUAAGUGGCGCGAGCGGCGUCGCCUCGACAAUUUCAAAUGCCACAUUUCAGCAGUGGCCACCUUGUUUGCCCGGCUAUCAUGUGCAGGCCAUACGCUAUCCACAGACCAUUGUCGGCGUAUUAAGUCCACAGGCGCAUAUGCAACAACAACAACAACAGCAGCAGCACUUGCUGCAACAGCAACAGAAGUCGACGCCAACGGUUGUUCUAACACCAAAUGGACCAACAAAUCAAUCAACACAAGUGCCCACAUCAAUAACAACAACAGCGGUCACGGCUAUGGCCACAGCGAGCACCAGCAUGGGCGGUUCGACAUCUGCGUCAGUCGCAAAGCGUUGUGCAGCCGCGCAGGCUGACUCCUCCACCAUACCCGAAUGCGAUGAGAACGACGUUUCACCCACCACUUCGACAGCUGCCAGCAGCAGUAAUGACGGCAGCAGCAGCAGCGCCACCACAGUAACCAUAUCUGCAAACAACACGACGGCAACCACGAUGGCCACAGCGACUGCCAACGAAGAAUCCUCAAAGCUGCGGCAUUUAAACGGACCCUUGGCGGAUAGCCCAGACGAAGGCUAUGUGGGCGAUUCGCACGAAGGCUCCGAUAUAUGACGACGCGGCGCCAAUGGCAGCUGCGCGAACGCGCACGGCAAAGCGGGCGGCAGCGGUUGUAGUGCGGUCAAAAUGGACGACUCGGUGGCAUUGUAGAGUGGUCACAUCCACAAGCAUAAGCUGCGUGAGUAGCUGUGCGUACAUUCAGAUACAUACAUAAACGCAAUUGCGUGUGUAUACAUACACACAUAUGUACAUACGUGCUUGCUUCAGCUUCACGCGAAAUAAUUGAGUGUGAAAUUAAGGCGGUGAAGUUGUAAAGAGCUGUGCAGUUUAUUGUAGUUCAUUGGUUGCAUAUUAAUAGACCAUUUAAAUCUCGGUAAUUUUUUUUUGUUAGGUUGCAUUAGAGCUCCGUUAAAAAUUCAAUAAAACUUGUGGCUAUGUUUAUAAUUUGCACACCAGCUAGCGUCACCCACUGCAGAACCUCAAAAUUAUACCAACAGUGCUCACAAAAUAUUACUCCACCACUCUGCUACUUCCUCUGCUGCCUGCUCUUUCAAUCUUAGCAGAAAUUGCUUAAAUAAAAAAAAAAUAGAAGCAAAUUAUGCGCUGGCAAAGUGUCUCUUCUCCAUCCAAUUGUCUUUUUUUUUUACCAAUAAAUUGAAUUUCUUAUAUAUUUUUCGUUUUUCUACGUCACUCUUACUCAUUUCCUCUUAUUUGCGCUUCAUUCUUCGUAACUAGUCAAGCGUUAAAUUAAACGACAGCUUAAUAUGUUUUCCAUUUCGAUACCUGUCGCAAGCUCUCAUUGUGUCCGUAUGCUGCCUGUUCUCGCAAUGAGCACGCUGGACGUUUCCACCAGCAAUAACAGCUGUUAUUGAUUUUAAUUAACAUCCACCACAGACUACACUUCGCCAGUUAUAACAGAAUUAAGGUAGCCAGAAAACUAAAAACAAUUUAAGUUUUUCCAAGAAAUAUUUUUGGUUUUUAAUUAGUUCUCAAAGGCUUAAAAAAAUAUUCUGGUAUUGGUUUGAUACAUUUGUAUUGAUAAUUGUUAAAGUGAAUGCAAUUUGCAAUAACGUGGCAACUUUUGUUGCUAAAUAAGUUGAAAAGAAGCGUACAAGCCAGAAUUGUAUUAAAAAAUUUAAUUUUAAAUUUAAAAAAAAAAUUAUUAUAAUCAGGUGGCAACUCCCAAUAACAAUAAUUUUGUAAUAACGUGGUAUUUUUUGCUGCAAUACAAGUUGGAAAGAGGCAUACAAACAGAUAUUCUAUAUUAUUGAGCUUUUUCAAUAUAAACUAAAAAAAAAAAAUUAUAUAUAAUCAAAAAAAAAAUUAUUAUAAUCAGUUGGCAACUCCUAAGAACAAUAAUUUUGUAAUAACGUGUUAACUUUUGCUACUAUAUAAGCCGAAAAGAGGCCUACAUUCUAUUGAACAUUUUUCAUUUUAAAAUAAUUUUUUUUCUGAUCAGGUGGCAACUUUUAAUAACAAUAGUUUUGUAACAAAAUGGGAACUUUUGCUGCUAAGCAAGUUGAGAAGAGACAUAUAGACAGAUAAUUUAUGUUUAUUGAAAAUUUUUCCAUAUAACACUUAACAUUUUUAAUAUACAACUUAUUGAAGCUUUUAUAUUAAAAUGUGGUGGCAACAUUGUAAGAAAAUAUAUUUGUAAUUCAACUUCCAAAAUUUUAAAGUAAAUUUUAGGCAAUUUGUAAUACCUUAUGAAGAGUUUUUUUUUUCAAAUUGAAUUUGAUAUGGCCACCUUUUUAUGAAAAAAAAUUUAGCAAACACUUUAAUUAAAAAAUUAUUAAUAACAGAUACCACCACUUAUUUGUGCAACUCAUACAACUUUCACCAUCCAAGACACUUUAAUUAGUUCAGAGCUGCCGCUUUUGCGCUACCAAUGAAUUGUAUUAACUUCUCAAGAUUCUGACCUACUAUUAGCCCUGCUUUUCCCGGUUAACCCAUUAUAAAGCCUCUGGCCUAACUUGAGUAAAGUAAAGUGAUGAAAUCACCCUAUUCUGGUCACCCUAUUAAUUUUUCAAAGCAAAUAAUAAAAACUUUUCUCAACGCGAACACCAAUGAAGAAAGCGAGAACAACGAGCGCAAAUUUCUUUAAAUCAUUUUUCUUAAAUGAAAACAAAAGAUUUUGUUUCUCAACUUGCCUUUAUACUCUGUCACUUCCUAGUAUUUAUGUGCGCGUGCCUUUCAUCCAAUUUCCAUUCAUUGUACAAUAUUAGCUGCGCAUCCCGCCAUUUACAUUUCGACUUGACUUUUUUGACUUAUUUGGCAUACGAUUUUAUUCCAGUUGAUGUAAUUGAAAAAGUUUUCAUUUCAUUUAACUUUGUCCCAUUCUUUGAAGUCCUGCACCCAACUCACUCUGAAUAGCUUAAGGUGUGCGCCUAGGUAGCUUUAUUGCUGCUGGGGCUCUAUUUGCGGGUAAACCCACCGAUAUAACGGCAAACUAGGCGACGAAGUAGAUAGAAUUUCAUUUAUACAGGCAUACCAUUCAAAUCAUAAGCCUUUGGUAUUCGGGGCAACUGCUAAACAAUUGAUUUGUAGGCCAACUGCUCUUUUGUUCGGCUAGGUUCCCAACGGCGCGCCUUCAAGUGCCAGAAACUCUUCAAUACUAGGCGCUACCGAAGCAUCAAACUGGAACGCAGAGUGCAAGGUGUGCUACGUCUGAAGAAGCAACUCUUCGCUUCCAUGUUCCUGUAUAAAAGUGUACAAUAAAGUGCGAGAAAGUGAGCGAGGGAGUGAAAAAUGCAGAAAAGAGGCCGCUUCAAGCGCCAGAAUGAGCGACUACAAAAGCGCAGAAGAAAACAGACAGCAGCUGCAGCCAAACAAAACAUUUUACAUUUUAAAGCAACAAAGGUAUUUUUUUAUGAUUUCAUAACCCAUAUGAUAUACUCGUGUAAUCUUAUUGCCGACUGGCUGAGUACAUAUAGAAAACAGGUCGUGUCUAUACGAGCGUGUGCAUUUCAAGUGUGCAAACUGAAGUCUGCUUUCAGACACGCACAGGUGUGACACAAUUCUUUAAAAACAAUACAAAUAAAUAUACGUGCAACGUAAAAUAGUCGCUAUAAGAACACUCGAGCUUACGGUCUUGAGUAUAUGCCACUUUCUUUCCUUGACAGGCUUUGAUUAUGAGAAACGCGCAGCAAAAUCAAAUUAAAAGUGACGACUUGGCAUAUACAUAAAAAUAGCACGCAUACAGCACUGCUUUAGUAUAUAUUAAAAAUAUAUUUUAUUUUUAAGCAAAUACUAACGCUCGCAGGCAGCAUGUUCGCACACUUAUGAAACUGCAGGCUUUUCUGCUGUUUGCCAACAAAUUUAUUAAUACUCAUACGCCGUGUCUAACAGCGCUGCAAUUUUGGCACGAGCGCCACUUCACUUGUGCCAGUUAACGGUAAGAUGUUUUAUUUUCGCAAAUACUAUUGUUGUGAAGACAGCAUAAAAUAUCAAUAAGCGAAAAAUGCAAAAACAGAUUUCUUGCUUUGUAAAUGAUCACGCCUCUCAAAUAAUUCAGAGUUUGCCAGAAAUAACGUUUUCGUAAAUAACCGAAAUAUUUACUUAAAUUGCAAUAGCAAUAACAUGCUUUUGAUAGUGGCAUGACAGAUGUUGGCUCAACCGCUGUCCAAUAAAUUAUUUGAUUUUCAUUUUUAACUAAUUUGUCUUUCAGUAACUUAUUAUAGUCUCUCAUAUAUGUAUAGUGGGACAUAUCAUUUCUAUCAUAGUAUAGCAAUUUCGGGUUAAGCUCAUCAAUGGUUUAAUGAUUAUUUUUCAAAAGACCCAAUCAAUUUUUAUUACUGUAAACAGAUUGAUUCCCUGGUGUGUCAAGCCAGCUUUUUUGAAACCAGAUUGAUUCCUAAUCUGACGUGUCAAGCCAUCUUAUUGGAAACCAGUAACUCUCGAAACGUUUUGAAGUUUUGCAAACAUUUACCGAUAUUAAUACUGAGCUAACCUAUAAAAAUAUUGAUUAAAGGCAGUUUCAGAUCCAGUCUUUCGACUCAUUUGGAUUCUGAGCAGCACUCACUCUAUAAACUUUAAUCAGUUCAUUUGAAUUCCUCUGUGGUUGUUGGUGAACCACGUAUUGAAAAUUCAUCACUCUAUCGCGCCGAAAAAUAUUCCAUACCAAACGACGAGAAUGUGACUGUUUACCACGAUAUUUAUGAGUUAUAUGUUUCUGUUUCUGUUCCCGUUUCUGUUUCUGUUCCUGUUUCUGUUUGCAGCGCUUCAAAGCCAGAAUUUUAUUUCCAAAACAUGCCUAGCCAAUUCAAUUCGUAGGUAAAGCUCUUUAUCAUUAUUGCAGCAGCGAUAUAAAAAAAUGGCACACCUUGUAUAGCAACUUGUUGUAGUCUAAUCGAUAACAAACAGUUAAAUUUGACAAGCUGCACAAAGCAAAUGUGAAUAAAAGUUAAUGCAAGGAAAUUUAUUCUAAAGCGCGGUAUUGAUAGAAAUAAUUUAAUGAACAAAUCACUAACAUAAUUGUAAUUUUCAAGUCACCCAUUUUCAACCAAAGCUACUCAACUGCAAGUACACUACCUGAAUAGCUGUCAAUCAGCUUGUAUGUGUAUGGCUUUCAGUGAAGUUCUGCUAAAUCUGUUACACACAAUAUUAGCACAAUCGUGCUAAUUAAUAUAAAUGCCACUAAUAUUUUCAGCAAUUUUAAACAAAACAAAAAUACCGUUAUUUUAGAUAAUUUGAGUUUAUAUGCAAUUAGCGUACUUACCUUCGGCUACCAACAAGCAAUAAGCUGCACUUCACUCGAAAACUAUUUGGUGUUAAUGAAGCUGAAGUGAAAAUCAAAUGAAGCGAAGUGUAUUGAGCGAACACUGAAAUAUAAAUGAUAAUUGUAUAUGAUUGCGCAUGGUUAAAUAUAUUUCGACAGAAAUGGAAAUAAUGAAAACACAUUAUAAUAGCAAAUAAAGUCUUAGUAUAAGAGGAAGCAAGCUCGAAACAAUUAAUACACACACAUACAAACACAAACACAUAAAUCUGUAUUUAAUUGCUCGUAUGAGUUUUCUGUCAAAAUUCAUGCUGAUAAAUCACUGGCAUAUCGUAUGUGUGUCUGCAGCAAUAAAUAUAAUAAAUUUUGAGUUAUUUGCCUUUAUAAAAUAGGAGUAUUAAAAUAAUUUAAUUAUUACUGAAAUUUAGUGCUUUGUUUCAUUGUCAUUAAUCUUCAUAUAGCAGAACAAAAAGUAUACUUUCGCUAGUAAACACAAACACACACACAAACACCAAGCCAGCAAAGCACAUUGUGGCAUGUAAGUGUGGUGUCAAUGCAGUUAAAUAAAUAAUUUGUUGAACAAUUGUAAAUACUAAAUGUAAUCACUCAUAGGUUUUAUAGACUUUAUUAAGCAACAAACAACAACAAAAGCAACAAAAUAGCAUUUUAAGUCAGUACAAGUGUUAAAUUAGUGAAACGGCAAAAACUUAGGCAUAACUUGUAUAUAUGUAUGUACAAAAAAUUUUAUUUCCAUAAGAUUUUGAUUUGAAAUUGUGAAUUCACUGGUUUAUUAAGCAUUGCAAACCAUAUAAAAUUAUUAAAAUUGGAAUUGAAUGUAGCAAAGCUAAGCAUUUGUUGACAUAAAUGGUAUAUAUUUUUAAUUUGUAGGCAUAAAUUAAUUAUUUUAACAAAUUAUAUUGUUUCUAUGCAAUUAACUAAUUGGAAACUGAUUUAGUUUGUUAAGAAAUAAUAUGCUAAUGCCAUAUGCAUUAUUAGAAAUAUUUGAUUUGAUUGCGAAAAGCAAUUUAUAAAUUAUUAGAAAAUUAUAAUUUUAAGCUUAUAAUUUGAUUAUACAACUAUCUGUUAUACGAAAUUUCACUGAUUCUAUGGUGUCACUGUCAAAAGAGUAAAUAACUAAUUUAAACAUGCCAUACUGCUCUCUUCUCUCUACACACACACUCUUAGAAGUAGCUGCGCAUCAUCAAUUUAGCACAGCACAGGUUUAAAGAGUUUUGAUUAAUUCCUUUUAAGAGUAAAGAAGCUACAAUUCUCAAAUUAUUAGCGCUUAUAAACGCAUAAAUUUUUUACUAAAUACAAUAAAAGUUAGUAUUUUACCUUUUUCCAUAUUUUUUAAUUUUUUUUUCCAAAUCAACGGAAAAAUUAACAAUUUAAGGGGCACAGCUAGUGUGGCAACCCAAAACACGUCGAUUUUUGGGAGAUAAAAAAAGUACCGUAUCGAUUGUUUUGAAAUUUUAAGGAAUAUUUAUACAAUACACUGGGAUUUGGGAUUUUUUGAAAAAAAAUAUAUUAAAUAUUUUUUGAGUUAUACAAGAUCUCCGACGGUGCUAAAACAAAGGUCCUUUACUACUGUAGUGAUGCCGGCCUUCUCCGUGGAUGAAACCUACAAAUAAAAAAAAAGUCUUUUAACUUAAAUAUUUUCUCCGUACAAAAAAAAAUCUAUAAUUGACACAAUGGCGGCGUUUUAAAAAAAGUUAAAUUUCACUCAAAAUUUUGAUCAAUUUUAGAGUGCCAAAAUUCAAUCGAUAAAUCAUUGUAUGCAGAAUUAUAAACAGAACAGGCAGAAAAAGUGAUUUGAUGAUGUUCGGAACAUUUGUCUUCGAGUUAUCACUUCAGCAAAUUCCAAAAAUUCUGUUUCGCGAAAAACGCGUUUAAAGUAAAACUAAUGAAGCUGAUUGAACUGAGCGGCUAACUUUUAAAUGGCUGUAACUCAAAACUAUUUGAAAUAUCGAAUUGAAUUGAAUUGAAAUUUUGUAAAAUCGAAAUAGGAAAAAAAUCGAUUUUUUUUCGAAAUUUUACAUCAGUUGUGCCACUUAAAUUAUUAUAUAUGGUUAACGAUAUUCCAUUUGUCCGUAAAAACACGUUUUCAGAUAAAAAACAUAUUUAUGAACUAAUCUUUUUUUCAACUUAAAUAUUUCUGUAUUAUUUUAAUAAUGAGUGGAUCUUCUCUUAUCUGCUUCUUAAGUGGAAUAUUGCCGCGCCGACUUGUAAAGUUUGCGAGCCAGCAACCCCCACACGUUUUCUUUAUAGUGAUGCCUGUUGGGUAAGGUCGUCAUUGCAUUAAAUGUAAGUUUUGUUCUUUAACUGCAGACUUAAUCUACAAAUCACAUAUUUGUAUUUAAAAAUUGCAAUUCACAAGCACCACAUUAGGAGAUGGCCUUCACACUGCCAACACGACCAUGUAUUCGCUCCAGCUGAUAUUCCUCCUUUUGAAAAUUAUGGAAAUAAUAAUUGUAUCCAAAGGCUCUUUUAUAUUAAAUUCCUUUCAUCUAAAAAGAUAAUAUAGUGUCAAUCAGACUUCCCAGCCAUAUGCACCCGCGCAAAAUGUAUUCUUAUAUCUUUUUGAGCAUCGUUAAGUGGUGGUUUGUUUAUAGUUUUAAUUUUUUCAAAUGUAAAGCAUUCCUUAACACCCUGUGAACUGUAGACAAGCUCGGUUUAAUACCAGUAUUUGUUCAGAUCUUGGCCUACAAUUAAUGAAAGUUGGAUGCUUCACUCAAAUAGCUCUUUUAUCCAAGUCGGAUAUCAGCUUAUUGUUGCCGUCUUUAUAAUUUCGACCUAGUCCCAUCUUUUUAAACAAGAAAUUGUAUAUUACUUUACGACGGUAAUUUUGAAAACACAAUAUUGUGCAAUCCUAACAGCAUUCUUACUAUUACCUGAUAACUUUUUUUUAUUAUUGAAAUUUUAAAUCUAAUUUUCACUUUAUAUUACUCAUACGCCAUGUUGAACACACCAUUUAUAUUAAUAAUUUGCAGGUGAUUGACUUCGAAUGCGAAUAUUAUCAAUAAAUUCAUUUUAUUUUAACGGUAAUUUUGAAAACACAAUGUUAUGCAAUCCUAACAACAUUCUUACUAUUACCUGAUAACUUUUUUUUUUAUUAUUAUUAAAACUAAAAUUCUAAUUUUCACUUUAUGUUACUCAUACGCCAUGUUGCACACACCAAUUAUAAUAAUAAUUUGCAGGUGAUUGACUUCCAAUGCGAAUAUUAUCAGUAAAUUCGAUUUAUUUUACUACAUGUUAAUGAAGUGUAAAUAGAAAAUUAUGCAUCUACAAGUAGGCAGAGCAAAUAAAAGAAUCAUAUUUAAAUUACCAAACAAUAUAAUAAUAAACUUACAAAAGUGUAAUGACACUGGUUUAAGCAGAAGGAAAUUAGAAUUUGCAAGGCUGAACGAGCAUUAAUACUUUUUUAAGGCGGUAUAUACAUACAUAUGCGAAAGAAAAAAUUUGAUUGAAAUGCAAAAAAGAAACAGAAAAGUACAGAGAAAGUUCGGUAAGAGAUUUUAAUACCAAAAACAACAAUUUAGUGUAAAACAAAGCGGCAUAAAAUUAUAAGAGAAGAAGAAAGCACAAAUGCGUAUUUAUAUUGAAAUAAAAUUAGCGUUAAAAAUGAAAAAAAAUCUCAAAAAAUAUUUAAAUUACUUAAGAUUAGAUAACAUAUAAAUAUAACUACAAAAAGAAGUAAGAAAUACUUAAUUUAGGCUAAGCAAAAGCAGCAAAAUAAAAACUGCAAAAUUAGACAUUCGUGAAACACAAAAACAAAUUGAGUUUGAUUGAAAAAUAAAUUAAAAUUAAGCAAAAUGCAGUAAGUCACACACUAAAACUAUGGUUUAACAUUUCAUUAUGAUUAAGAGAUAAGCAUAAAAAUAUAAAAAAUCGUAGAUAUACCUAUAUAUAUAUGUAAGAACAAAACAAAAACCUAAAAAAUAGUAAUAAUAAAACAACUGAUUACCGUUAAUGCAACCUAACUGUAAAUGACUACAAGUAUACUUUAAUAUAUGAGAAUGAUAGUGUUGUAAGACUAAACAAAAAUUUAAAGCUAUAAAUUAAUAACUAGAAUUAAGCGUAGUUAUUUUUAUUUAGCAUGCAUUGCAGAAAACAACAACAUAAUACAUUGAAAAAUAAGAUAAAAUAUUAAAACAAAAGCAACAAAAUAAUAACUGUAAACUAUCAUAAAACACACACCGUACGUCACCAAUUUGGCACAAAUACACGCGCAAAAGCAAAAACAACGCACUUCACCUGUACCCACACAUACAUACACACACACACAAGCACACAUACACCACAAAAACACAAUUUAUUAAUGAAGAAGAACACACAAUCAGUAAAAAGGCAAACCAAAAAAAAAAAAAUAAUAAACAAACAAAAAGUAAGCGAAGCAGAAAUUAAGAGAAAAAUAUAAAAAAUUAAAUUAAGUGAAUGAAUGCAUAAUUCAAGUGAGGGCCUGUCGAAAAAAGGACGAGUAAAUAAAAUUUAAUGAAAUUAAAAUA